AACAAGAAAAAGGCAAGCAGGUUGCCUGCCGCUAGCAGCUAGCUAUAUAUAAAAGGGUGGCCGGGCUAGCUCCUGAUCGAAAGCUGCGGCACGUACAUACACCAAUCGAUCGAUUGCAAUUGCAAUUGCAAGCAGCAUCGGCAUCGACGAUCGAUAAUAAUAGUAAUGGAGGGCAAGGAGGAGGAUGUUCGGCUGGGCGCCAACCGGUACUCUGAGCGGCAGCCCAUCGGCACGGCGGCGCAGGGCACCGAGGAGAAGGACUACAAGGAGCCUCCCCCGGCGCCGCUGUUCGAGGCGGAGGAGCUGACGUCGUGGUCCUUCUACCGCGCCGGCAUCGCCGAGUUCGUGGCCACCUUCCUGUUCCUCUACAUCAGCAUCCUGACGGUGAUGGGCGUGAGCAAGUCGUCGAGCAAGUGCGCCACCGUGGGCAUCCAGGGCAUCGCCUGGUCCUUCGGCGGCAUGAUCUUCGCGCUCGUCUACUGCACGGCGGGCAUCUCCGGCGGCCACAUCAACCCGGCGGUCACCUUCGGCCUCUUCCUGGCGCGCAAGCUCUCGCUCACGCGCGCGCUCUUCUACAUGGUGAUGCAGUGCCUGGGCGCCAUCUGCGGCGCCGGCGUCGUCAAGGGGUUCCAGCAGGGGCUCUACAUGGGCGGCGGCGGCGGCGCCAACGCCGUCAACCCGGGCUACACCAAGGGCGACGGCCUCGGCGCCGAGAUCGUCGGCACCUUCGUCCUCGUCUACACCGUCUUCUCCGCCACCGACGCCAAGCGCAGCGCGCGCGACUCGCACGUGCCCAUCCUGGCGCCGCUUCCCAUCGGCUUCGCCGUCUUCCUCGUGCACCUCGCCACCAUCCCAAUCACCGGCACCGGCAUCAACCCCGCGCGCAGCCUCGGCGCGGCCAUCAUCUACAACAGGUCACACGCAUGGAACGACCAUUGGAUCUUCUGGGUGGGCCCCUUCAUCGGCGCUGCUCUUGCGGCCAUCUACCACGUGGUCAUCAUCAGGGCCAUCCCCUUCAAGAGCCGCGACUGAUGAUAUAUGCUGCUGCGGCCUGCGGCUAGCUGCUGCUGCUGUGGCCAGUGUGUUUCUUGAUUGUUGCAUUGCGCCCUCAGCUAUAUAUAUAUAUAUAUAUAUAUAUAUAUAUAUAUAUAUAUAUAUAUAUAUAUAUGCGCGCGCUUGCUAGUUGUGAAUUUUACAUAUAUAAGCUUUCCAAGUAUAUAUAGUAAAUCAAGCAUGCAUGCAUGUGCAAACUAGCUCAUGUACUACAUACUAUACUUCCUUCUUGUAGCAAUGUAGCAGCUUAGCUUCUACUCUUCUCUACUCUUCAUGAUCAUCACCUCAAGUUCAAGUGUUGUACUACAUAUUGUCGUAUGAGAAUAAAGAUUAAGAAGAAGAAGAAGAAGAA